UGAAAUUGAUUAAGAUACGACACUCACAAGCGAAACUGUUUUGUAAUGUAAGCAUUGCAUUCGUAGGAGUAGGGAGCGCGGAAUGCGCGUUGCUAAAGCACCAAGAGUAAUAACACAGUUGACGAGGAACGCAUAACAGAGAAGGUGCGUCGCAGUGUACCAGAGUUGCGUCGCGGUGAAACUAUUUAAGUGGAAUAAUUAUUAUAAAUUCAUUUAAAUUUGGUACAUCUACAUUGUUCCAACUCAAGUUGUCAAGAUGGAUCGGCGAUUCGUUAACGUUAUUUUGUUAGGAUUUGGCUUUAUGUUUGUCUUUACUGCGUUUCAAACAAUGGGGAAUAUAGAGAAAACGAUACUCGACAGCAUAUCCCAAGAUGACCCCUCGUUCACCGGCGACGGCUACACGUCUCUGGCCAUCAUAUACGCCACGCUGGCCGUGUGCAACUGGCUGGCGCCGUCCGCCAUCACGCUGACGGGCCCGCGCGGCGCCAUGAUCAUCGGCGCGAUCACGUACCUGUUCUUCAUAGUGACGUUCAUGUUCCCCCGCACCGCUUUACUGUACGCGGCGAGCGUGCUUAUCGGCGCCGGCGCGGCCGCCAUAUGGACAGGGCAGGGCAACUACCUGACCGUCAACAGCGACUCUGAGACCAUCUCCCGCAACUCGGGAGUGUUCUGGGCCAUGCUGCAAUGCAGUUUAUUCUUCGGUAACCUCUUCGUGUUCAUAAAGUUCCAAGGCAAGCAGCACAUCGACCAGGAGACGCGUAACAUGGUGUUCGGUUGUCUAACCGCAGUAUGCGCACUCGGCAUAGUCUUCCUGCUGUCACUGAGGCCCGCUAAGCGCGCACCAGCUAUUGAAGAUGCCAAGAUUGAAGUUGUAAGCAAUGAGCCCACCAGUCCCUUGGACGCGUUCAAAGGAGCCCUGAGGUUGUUCUACACGAGAGAUAUGUUGUUGCUAAGUGUCACGUUCAUUUAUACUGGCGUGGAACUAUCGUUCUUCAGCGGAGUGUACAGCCCGAGCAUCGGGUUCACGCUUUCCAUGGGCGAAAACGCGAAGCAGCUAGUCGGGUUGUCGGGAGUCUUCAUCGGCCUCGGAGAGGUGCUGGGUGGAGCGCUCUUCGGCAUCCUCGGGUCCCGCACGACCCGCUGGGGCCGCGACCCCAUCGUGUUCGCCGGCUACCUGAUCCACAUCACCAGCUUCUUCCUCAUCUUCAUCAAUCUGCCCAACGUGGCGCCCUUCGGAGACACCAACGAAACCUCCUAUAUCACCCCCUCGCCGGCGCUCGCCAUGCUCUGCAGUUUCCUGCUAGGGUUCGGUGAUGCGUGCUUCAAUACGCAAAUAUACUCGAUAUUGGGAGGGAACUAUGCCGAUAACAGCACAUCGGCGUUUGCCUUGUUUAAGUUUACUCAGUCGCUGGCCGCCGCGGCGUGCUUCUUCUACUCGUCGCGUGCUCUACUGUCGGUGCAGCUGGGCGUGCUGGCCGUGCUGGGCACGCUGGGCACGGCCGCCUUCUGCCGCGUGGAGGCGGCGGCGCGCGCAAGGCGCCGCGCCAUAGCGCAUGCGCAGGACCUCGACGAGAAGACGCCCGCCACGCACCACCUCGCCGACAACGAUUUACAUUACGAUUGAACAGAGUAAACUCUGAUCUCACGUAUUGGGAGUAAACAUUGUUACUGAAGAGUUUUAUUGGCAGCGUAUAACGUAUCUGUCUAAAGUGGGUGCCAUUAUAGGCAGGGCCGUCUUAAACUAUGCUGGGGCCCUGGAAUUUGGCCCCCUUUUGGAAAGUACAGAAAGCUAAUUAAACUAACAUUUUUCUACUAUGACCAUUAUGGGUAAUCAAAUAUACUGUUACUGUCUGUCCUUCGGGGCCCCCUGAGGAUGGGGGCCCUGGGCACAGGCCCCGUGUGCCCUGAUGGUAAAGACGGUACUGAUUAUAGAGUAAACCUAUAAAUAAUAAAUAGGCAUCAUCACUUUACGUUGUACCGUCGUAUGUAAUGUGAUAUUUAUGACGAAACUUUUGUUUGUGUCAGUUUUGUAACUGUCGCCGAUCUCUACUAGCUGAUUGCCGAUGACAUGAACAAGUCCGGUUACCUUAUAGUUGUAGCGCUAAAAAACUAUCAAAUACUUAAACAUGUUAAAUGUAAAACCGAUCAGCUGAACUUAUGUUCAUGUCCAGCUAUCUUAGCUAAAAUUAAGCUGUCUCGAUAUUUUUAUACAAAUACCUACUAUAAACUCGAAUAAAAUGUGCUGUAGGUACUAAAGGAAAAUAAAUCGAUUAUAAAUGAUUAAGU